UCCUCUAAAAUGAAACUCUUGGCUGCUCUCUGUGUUGUGUGUUCUUCACUUUGGAAUUCAGAAUAAACAAGACUGAAGCUAGAGUUGAGACUGGAGAACUGGAGACCUGCUGCAGGACAUCUGGUGCUCAAUACAGGUCCACUUUCUUUAGCUAAAGGGCACAGAGAGGCAUUCUCCUCCCAACACUUUUGGCAAGGACUCUGCUCUGACUUGGCUGCAGGAGAAUCAGAACCUGCUUAGACAGAAGAGUGAUAAACUAUGAGUUCCAACCAGCAGCGCGUGAAGCUAAGUGAUGGCCACUUCAUUCCAGCACUGGGCUUUGGCACAUACAAACCUGAAGAGAUACCUGAAAAUAAGCCACUGGAGGCUAUAAAUUUAGCUCUAGACGCUGGGUUCCGCCACAUCGAUACCGCUUAUGUGUAUCAAACAGAAAAGGCUGUAGGGCAGGCUAUUCAAAGCAAGAUUGCAGCUGGCCUUGUGAAGAGAGAAGACAUAUUCCUCACUACAAAGCUUUGGUGCACUUAUUUUAGACCAGAGCUGGUUCGAUCUAACUUGGAAAAAUCACUGAAAAACCUUCAACUGGAUUAUGUUGACCUCUAUAUUCUUCAUUACCCAGUGCCAAUGAAGCCAGGGGAGGAUCUGUUUCCAGCAGAUGAACAUGGAAAUUCACUAUUGGACACAGUGGAUAUCUGUGCCACAUGGGAGGCCGUGGAGAAGUGUAAGGAUGCAGGAUUGGUCAAGUCCAUUGGGGUGUCCAACUUUAAUAGCAGGCAGCUGGAAAAAAUCUUGAACAAGCCUGGGCUUAAGUACAAGCCUGUCUGCAACCAGGUGGAAUGCCAUCUUUACCUGAACCAGAGCAAACUGUUGAACUACUGCAAGUCAAAAGACAUUGUUCUGGUUGCCUACUGUGCUCUUGGAUCUCAGCGACCUAAACGAUGGGUGGACCCAAACUCCCCGGUUCUCCUGAAUGAUCCAGUUCUUUGUGACAUGGCAAAAAAGCACAAGCGAAGUCCGGCCCAGAUUGCUCUUCGUUACCAUCUUCAACGUGGAAUCGUGGUCCUUGCCCAGAGUUACAAAGAGAAUGAGAUAAAAGAGAACUUACAGGUAUUUGAAUUUGAGCUGCCUUCAGAGGAUAUGAAAAUUCUAGAUGGCCUGAACAAAAAUUUAAGAUAUGCACCUGCUCCAUUUGGUAAGGGCCACCCGGAAUACCCUUUUUCUGAUGAAUUUUAAUAUGGAUGCGUUUGUCUUGACUUCUAUCCCAAGUCUUGAAGUCCCUCUCUAUGGCUAUUGACCUAGGUGACAUCCGAGAUGCUGUCGACUGAAAUAUAUCAUUUAUGCUCAGUCUGAACUGCUUAACAACUCAACUUCAGCUAGAGCCGUGUCCACCAGUCUACCAUAAAUCAUUACAUUUUCAUUACGCUUUGAAAUAAUGGCAAUAAUUCCUAUAAAGAUCUUUCUUUAA